AUGAAGGUCCAGGCUACCAUAAUCCGAGUGAUCCCUGUUCGCGGCGAAGUGAUAUCACGGUCACAGAGUAAACUUGAAGAUGCUGCAGAUUUGUAUGUACGAGCAGCUAACAUGUUCAAGAUGGGAAAGAAAUGGACAGAGGCAGGAAGUUCCUUUUGUAAAGCAGCAUUAUUGCAGUUGAAGGUUGGAAGUAAUCAUCAAGCUGCUACAGACUAUGUAGAUGCUGGAAACUGUUAUAGAAAGGCUGACCCAAAUGAGGCUGUUACGUGUUUAUUGAAAGCUGUAGAAAUAUAUACAGAUAUGGGAAGAUUUUCUAUUGCUGCAAAGCAUCAUGUAAAUAUUGCAGAAAUUUAUGAAUCAGAACUGGUCGAUAUUGAAAAGGCUAUAUCCAGCUAUGAACAAGCAGCUGAUUAUUAUAAAGGAGAGGAAUCUAAGAGCUCAGCCAAUAAGUGUUUAGUAAAAGUAGCUCAUUAUGCAGCCCAGCUGGAGCAGUAUGAGAAGGCAAUAAAGAUUUAUGAAGAGAUUGGAAUGUCUUGUAUGGAUAACCAGCUGCUAAAGUACAGUGCUAAGGACUACUUCUUCAAGGCAGCUCUGUGUCAUAUGUGUGUAGAUGUACUCAAUGCUCAACUUGCAAUCCAGAAAUAUGAGGAUAUGUUUCCACAAUUUGCCGACUCCAGGGAGUAUAAACUUGUAAAGAAAUUAUUGGAGGCUUGUGAAGAACAGAACACAGACACAUAUACAGAUGCAGUGAAAGAAUAUGACAGUAUCUCACGCCUAGACCAGUGGACUACUACGAUACUUUUACGUGUCAAGAAAACUAUCAACUCAGAAGACCUGCGAUAACCUCUUGACAAUACUUUCUGCCAAUAGUUUUCAUUUUAUUACUAUGCUAUGACAUAAGACUGAUAUUGAUGCUUUGAUGUAUUGCUGGUAAUUAGUACUCUCCAUCAUAGUGUUGAUAAAAUUGCCUGGAUCGGUUUUCAACUAGAAACUAGUUUUGAGAACUAUUAUGGUUGAAAGGAAAUAUAUAUGCAUUGCGAAUAUUGUAUUUAGUGUGAAAAUUUGAAUGGCAAAUGUCAGAAUUCAGAUACAAAAUAUAUGGAUAGUUAAUUUUGACCUUGUUGAAACUUUUCAAAUAAUUAUCCCAGGGUUUUUUUUAAAUUUACUAAUCCGUUUAUCUAUUCAAACAUAUUCACAAUGUGUUUGUGUGAGAGGUUAAAGAAAACUAACGAGGUUAUAAGUCAACUAAAUGUUUGAGAGGUUAAAGAAAACUAACGAGGUUAUAAGUCAACAAAAUGUUUGAGAGGUUAAAGAAAACUAACGAGGUUAUAAGUCAACAAAAUGUUUGAGAGGUUAAAGAAAACUAACGAGGUUAUAAGUCAACAAAAUGUUUGAGAGGUUAAAGAAAACUAACGAGGUUAUAAGUCAACAAAAUGUUUGAGAGGUUAAAGAAAACUAACAAGGUUAUAAGUCAACAAAAUGUUUGAGAGGUUAAAGAAAACUAACAAGGUUAUAAGUCAACAAAAUGUUUGAGAGGUUAAAGAAAACUAACGAGGUUAUAAGUCAACAAAAUGUUUGAGAGGUUAAAGAAAACUAACGAGGUUAUAAGUCAACAAAAUUAUGGUGAACUUUUUUAUUGUGAGAACUGACUCUUUCAAAAAUAAUGUGCUUUUAACUUUUAUAAUUCAACCUUGUACAUCAAGUGAUUGGUUGUGAGGUGGAAGAAUUAUGGGAGAAAACUAACCACUUAUAUAAAUGGCAUGUCAUCAAGAUUUGUGUUUCACAGAUUAGCUUUGUAAUGAUAGUAAAUACAAAUGUUUGUAUAUAAAUUUUAACAACAAUAACUAUAUUUACACACUUUCAGGUGCCCAGUGUUUGAUUUGUAUGAAAUCUUUCCUUAAUAGUCAAUUAACAUAGAACACAAACUAAGUAUUGAGAGGCAUGUUGUGUAGCCUAUCACGUGUGUUGUCAUGGAUAUCAGAUAGCCUGUCAUAAAAUAUAAAUAGAUUUUGUCACUGGAUGUUUUUUGGACAUCAUAGCUAUGAAUGGAAUAUAUCUCAUCCCACUUAUGUCAGAUACUAGAAGUGUGGUUUGCAAUGAUAGUGUUGUAAAAAAAAUUAUGUGAUAUGGAUUAGAUGUUUUUCAAUUUGAAAUAUUCCUGCAGUGGAAUUUUUCCAUUGGAAAUUGUCUUAGAAAUUAGGAAUUUAAAGAAACACAUAAUGUCAUGUUUUCACAUAGGAGCUUUCCGAAGUGUGGUCUCAUGAGAGAUAAGAAUUAUAGCACAAUCAUUAUGUUAAUGGAAGUUUAUAUUUCAGGCCCUGGUUUUACUACUUUACUGAAUACAAAAUGAGUUGACAGAUGUGUAUGUAUAGGGUGAGGAGAUGUAGCAAUAUUCAAAUUUGCCUAAGUUUCCUUUGGCAUCGUCAUCAGACAGACUUUUUGACUGGUAUCAAAAUUCCUAAUGUCUGGUGUAAGUAACCAGAGAAAACUGGGGUUAUGGAUAAGUUUUAUACAUGUUCUAGUACCUAAAGGUGGCCAGUGGUGGAUCAAGGGGGGUUGGGUUGGGGAGGUUACCUGUUAUUAUUGUUCCCCUCCCCACUUGCUCCAUCUUUCCAAAAUCCUGGAUCCAUCACAUAAUCUGGCACCACAUAUAUACAUUCUCAUUUUCAUUCUAAAACCAAUUUUUCAACUUUGAAAUUUCAAUGUUUAAUUGUGUCAUUUAAUGUUUUUGUUUUUUGUUGUUAUAUAAUUCAAAAUAUUGCAUAUCAUAUACAAUCCAUAUUAGGAAUAACAAUAUUCUUCAAGCUGAUGUGAGGAGAAAUUACCUGUUUUGAAAGACUAGUAAUCAUUUGUGUUCCAUUUGUGUAUCAAAACAAUGGAUUUGUUUACAUCUAAGUAUGUUUAUCAAUGAUACAUUUUCUUUUUUAUUAAAUUUCCAUGAAUUCUGAAAAGUGCUAAUGUUGAACAUUCCCAUUUAAAAAAGCAAAUUAAAACUGCUGGGUCAUCUAGUCAUAUCUGUGUUUUAAAACAAAGUAUUUGGUGUGAAUUUACUUGACUUCCUUUUUUUCAUUUUAAUUUGCAUGGAUCUGUAGAAGUUGUAAGCCGAAGCUGUUCAUUGUAGAGUUUAAUACCACUAUUAGCCUGAGUAAUAAAGUACAGUGCAAUAAUUACAACAGCAGAACUGUUUUUAAUGUACAGAGUACUAUUACAAUGUAGAAGUGUCAUGUUUGGCCCUAGUAUCACUGUUUGAAUCAAUGCCUAAUGAGAAAACAGUACUGACUCAAAACUUGAAGGGAGGUUAGGCUGCCUACAGUAACUCUAAACCUGAGGGAAGGUUAAAGUGAUUAAACCAGAGGGAAGGUUAGAGUGACUCCAAACCUGAAGGAUGGUUGAAGUGACUCUAAACCUGAAGGAUGGUUAAAGUGACUCUAAACCUGAAGGAUGGUUGAACCAGGAAUGGAUAUGUUGUUGAUACCAUUACCUGUGUUUCACCUUACCAGUGUUUAUCCAAUAUGGAUGUUACAAUCAUUUAAAAGUAUUUUCAGAAUAAUCUGAAAUUUUAUGUGAUAUUGUUUCAGAUAGUGAUGCCAUAUAGAAUUGAUGUGUAUUGUUCGUAUUAGGAUGAAUUAGAAAUGGUUCAUAUGUAGCUGUGAGAUUCUUAAACCCACAAAAUGAUAGUAAAGCUAUGUUGUGAAUCUGGCUUUUAGCAUACAGAAGAAUUAGUAUACAUCUCAUUCAAAAUGUAUCCAUGUAUAUAUAAACUGUAUAGUUUUAAAUAAUAUUGUUACAGAUUAAACUUAUCCUUUGUCAUUUUAAUUUUCAUUGACUUAUACAUAAUGAUUGCGAGUGAAUCAUUAUGAUAUUGUGUCAAAACUCCAUUCACUUGUACACAUUCAAUUUAAUGGUAAGGUUGAAUAUUUUCAAAUAUGUAAUAUUAUAAAUGUUGUGAUGAGUUGUUGAAUUGUUAUCACUGUCCAUAUUAUGUGUUAGCUAGAAAUUUUCUACCGGCUAUAGGUGUUGAUGUUUAAGUACAUUUCUCAUGCAAUAUAUUUAUAAUGUGAUGUUAAUGAUGAUGAUGUAUAUCUUUAGCGGAUGUUCAUUUUGUCUUAAACAAAAAUGGAAAGUACUUCUCUUCUAUCUUAUUGGUAAACCAUAUGUGAUAUAUCUUUGAGCAUUUUUAUUCAUUAUAUAUCCACUGGUUUUAAAUCAAGCUGAAUCUUGUUUCUUAUUUACCAACCUUUGUAUGUGUGAUACUGAUGGGUUCACACUAACAUACUGUUGUACUUUCGAUUGAUAUAUAACACUGUAAAGAUCAUUUUGUAGCUAUAAGGUCCUAGUCGUUUCCAGACAAUCUUGCUAGAUCUUUGGUACCCUGAUACAAGAUGGUUUAAGCUCCAUUGCACAAAGUGGAUUCAGUCUAUGUAUAGUAAUUCUGUCUUCUGAGAUCCAUCAGUAUAGCUCUGUCCUGGCAUUGCUCCCUAAAGCUCCAUGGUACAAGCUCUCCUCCAUCUGUAUACACCUUUGUACAAAUCUGCUCUGUCAGUAAACUUCUUUGUACAUAAUGUGCUAUGUCACAAUACCUCUUUGGUACAGUGUGCUCUAUCAAUAUACUUCUUUUUGUAACAAAUGUGCUCUAUCAGUAUAGCUGUUGGGUACAGGGAUUGCUCCAUAUAGCUCUUAAGUACAAGCUGUCCUCCAUCAGUAUACCUCUUUGGUACAAAGUGUGCUCUGACAGUAGACCUCCUUGUUACACAGAUUGUUUCAUUGAUAUAGCUCCUAGAUACAAGGUAAGCUUAAUCACUUUAGCUCCUUGGAACUUCACUUCAGCUAUAUAUAUCAAGUAGUCUGCACUCUGUACUGAUAUUAUUCUGGUACAUGUUACAUACCAGCAUUGAUGUGCCAACUUCAUUGAUAGAAUAUAGAUAGGAAAUAAAUGUUUAAAAUCA